AUGACUCAUCAAAAGAUGACGCGUUAUAAUAAUAAUAACUCUUCUCCCACUUCACAGCAAACUAAUACAACAAAUACUCUUCCUUCAGGCACUUCAGCUUCACAACAAAAUACAAGUCAUCAUAUCCUAAAUUUGGAAGGUAAUAAUCAACAAAAUACAGUUAAUACCAAUCAAUUAAUGCUAGAGACUGUCAAAAAUCUCAAAGGGAGAAUGCAUGGCCUUUGGGCAUCAGAUUUCACUGAAAUAAUCGAUGAUAAUAAGAGUAAUGUGCUUAUUUGUAGUAUAACUAGAAAUAUACUUAUAGAACCUAUCAAUUAUUCUCACGAAGAAAUUACAAGACCAAGAGAAGAAGUUGAACGGUGGAAAGAGAAAACUCGCUUUUGGCAAAAAUGA